CAUUAAUAAUUUAGUUUUAGAAUUUAGUGUAUUUUUUUAAUAGUGAAUAUAUAAAAUGUUAGGAAUAUUUAUUUUUGGUACUUUACUGUUUUUUGUGAGGGCGGAAGAGGAUUUGUUUGGCUUGAACAUACUUCAUUAUAAUGAUUUUCAUGCAAGGUUCAUGGAAAUCAGUCCAGUUGGAUCGAUUUGUAAUCCUGAAGCAGCCCCAUGCGUAGGUGGUUUUGCUCGACUGACAACUCUAGUGCGGAACAGACUGAAAGAAGAACCCAAUUCUUUACUCUUAAAUGGCGGAGACAGCUUUCAAGGAACAAUAUGGUAUAACAUUUUACGAUGGAACGUAACUCAAGAUUUUAUGAACAUAUUACCACAUGAUGCCCAUGUCCUUGGCAAUCAUGAGUUUGAUAAUGGCAUUGAUGGCGUAGUUCCUUACUUGAAGAAUUUAGAUGCACCCGUGGUUACGGCCAACAUGAUUGAUGAUGAUGAAGAGACGAUACAAGGAUUAUACAAACCAAGCAUUGUUGUAGAAAAAGAUGGUCGCAAAAUUGGUAUUAUUGGUGUCAUAAUCGCUAGCACACCUGAAUUAGCGUCAACGGGAAAAUUAGUAUUUACCGAUGAAGUGGAAGCUGUGAAACGUGAAGCACAGAAACUACAUGACGAAGGAAUAAAUAUCAUUGUUGUAUUGUCACAUAGUGGAUUCGAUACAGAUAGAGAGAUAGCAGCUCAUGGCGGUCCUCACAUAGAUAUCAUAGUUGGAGGUCAUAGUCAUACAUUAUUGUAUGAUGGUGAACCGCCAGACACAUCGGCUUUUACCCCAGAAGGGCCUUAUCCUGUUAUCGUAGAAAAUAAUGGCAAACCGGUUUUAAUAGUGCAGGCUGCAGCACACACUCUAUAUUUAGGUGAAAUUAAAUUGUUUUUUGACGACGAUGGGAACCUUGUACGAUGGGAUGGUAAUCCGCAUUAUAUUGGAAAUGAAAUUGAACAAGCCGAAGAUGUUCUAGAAAAGAUAAACUAUUACCUUCCUGUAAUUGCGGAACAGGCUAAUCAAGAAAUUGGCUCGUCAUUGGUCCACAUGUCGUCCCGUUGCUCAUGCAGUGAAUGCAACCUUGGAAAUUUAAUUUGCGAUGCAUUUAUGGAUGCUGUGAUGGACAGAGCAAAGGGCAAUAACUGGCAUUAUGCACAUUUCUGCAUCAUCAACCAAGGAGGUAUCAGGGUGGACAUGGAAGCUGGUAAUAUUACAUAUGAAUCAGUAAUAUUAACAACGCCUUUCGAGAACAAUGUCGAAGUGUUUGAUUUAAGAGGUGAUCACAUACUAGAAAUGCUGGAAUAUUCGGUGGCAAACGUACCCUACCCAGGAGCCAGAAUGUUGCAAGUGUCAGGACUUCAACCGGUGUUCGAUGGCUCUCGACCGGUUAACAACAGGGUUGUCGACGUCAGUGUCAGGUGUAUCGAGUGUGACAUCCCUAGAUACGAGACUCUACAGCCCGACAAAUAUUACAAAGUCGUCUCGCAGAGUUUUCUUGCUGAAGGAGGCGACGGAUUUCAUAUGGUGGCAAAUAACCGAAUGAAUAUAGAAGUCAUAGGAGUGGACUACGUUGUACUCAUGGACUAUAUCGCCCGCCAUACGCCGGUCUACAGCGAAGUGGAUGGCCGAAUACAAAUUGAUAAUCCUUGUAUGGAUUAAUUUAAGAAUAACAAGAUAAAUAAAGAACUUGUUUUAUUAUUAUAAUAAAAGAAAGAAAGUUAGAAAUAUAUUUAUUUUUAUUUGAAUAAACUUUUAAGCUGAUUUUAAUAGUAUUUUUUUUUUUAU